AUGGAUAAUGAAAGACCUCUCAUUGAGCUUCUAGAAGAACUCUCGGAUUCUCAGAAUAGAUGUCGGAGCGCGUUUCUUGAACGUUGCCUCAAAGCAUCAUCAUCUGAACUGGAGGAGUUUUUCAAUGAAUUGUCUCAAUCUCUGAAUAACUCUUGUGAUGAUUACCUAGCAAAAUUGCAAACUUUCGCUUCUUAUCUAUACGAUGAGUAUUCGAGAACUAUCAGGCGUCUUAAUCUCACACCUGAUUUCAUCAACUUUAUUUCAAUGCUGAUAACUUAUGUUAUCAUAGAAAAUCUUGGUCACUCCGACAAUCAAAAAUUUGUGAAGUUCCUUGACGACUGCGUCGAACUCCUUUGGCGAGCUCAAAAUGACAGAUUAAUCGAUUCAACUAAUAAUAAAGGAAAUAAUUUAUUAUUGCAAGCGAUGAGUCGUUUAUUUAAUGCAAUUCUAGAUGCCGAUGGAGUUUUCGGAGUUUUAGUGUCAGAAACUCCCGGUCGACAUUGUAUCAAGCGCGUUCUGUUUGGCUUCAACAUGAUCACGCAGGUCGAGCAGGAAAAACUACUCAGAGCAGAAGACACGAUCGCUUUUCUAGUAGAAAAAUGUUUUAAGCACGGAGAGGUUUCAUCCAGGAUAAAAGAGGAUUUAGUCACUUACAAGGCCUGUACGGACUUACUGGAAACUCUGAAGAGGCUUCAAAGUGCGGAGAUUGACCUAAGAUCUAGAAGGAGUUCUCUACCACCAGAUUUGCACGAAAUGGUAGAGCUUGAAAAUAGAAAGGAAGAGAAACAGUAUCAGAACAGAAAACGAUCAGUCAGUAAUUCCGCGAUCGAUUUCAAUUCGGUUAUUCUAUCUGGUCAAAAUAAAAAGAGCCUUGAAUUACUGAGAAUAAAAGCUCCUCAGAAGCCUUCGGAAUUGCAUAACUUUUCGUUGACUCUUAAACAAAGGAAAAUGGAUUCAUUCAAAGGUCUGAUUGAGUUUUUUCCGUGCGCGAGUUGUCACAGAAGAGCCCUUAAGAAUUUUCAUCCUGAAAAGUAUUCUUCACUUGAAGAAAAAGAGUCUUCAGCACCACAGCACAUCUUUCGCCUUCCAUUUGAAUUCGAUGAGAAUGACAGACUUGGACCAUGGGACAUUCUUCUCAGUGAGGACGCGAUUAAAGACAUGGGAAAGUUGGAGUCACCUAUUAAAAUUAAAGUAGUCAUGAAAAAGCUCGGUCAAAUAUCAUCCGGGGAAUGGGUAAAACAUGGACUACGGCAUAAGGUGUCAUCUUCCGAUAUCCCUGUCUACGAAGUGAAGCUUCCUGAAUAUGACUUGACGAUCCUCUGGCAAGUUGACUACGGUUUCUCUAUCCGCAGCUAUUCAGACAUGCAACUUGUGAAAAUUUGGGCCGUUACUGCUAAUCAAGAACAAAUUCACACGACAUUGGAAAAUCUCGCGAUGGUUCAUCAAGUUUACACUGAUAAACAUAAUCGCUAUUGCUCAAUUCCAGAGAGUGAAUGCGACAUCAUUUUACCAACUUAUUUUGAAUGCGAAGGGGAAACCAAAUCUACCGACGAAGAGCUGUUCGGUCCCAAGAUGGAUGACGAAAGAUUACUAGAAGUUCACAGGAUGCUUGUGACGAAUAAAUUUAUUCCUUUAUCAAAGAAUUUGUUCAAAUCGCUUGUUUUUGGAUCCUCCGAUUUCACUUUCCAGGUAUCCAAAGUCGAAUACGAGAUAAUUAAUAAUCCUAGAUCAGCAAUCAUCGUCGGUCGAUCGGGGACCGGAAAGACUACUUGUAUAGUUUUUAGACAAAUUGCAUCAUAUCUAACAAACAAAUUGGAUAAAAAGCAGAUAUUUAUAACAGUAAGUUACAAUCUAUGCCGCCGGGUAAAAGAAUAUUUCCAUCGGCUACGGGAGUCGGCGGUUCUUGCAGGGAAAAAGAUGUCAAUUGCCGAAUUUAAUGAGGAAUUGAGUGACAUUCCAAACUCGUUCCAUCUAUUAAAGGAUCAUCACUUUCCAUUAUUCAUCACCUAUGACAAGUUCUCCGAAAUGCUUCAAGGGACCUAUGGCAUCGACAUUCAAAAAUUAACUACGCAACAAAAAGAAAUCGAAGAUGAUGAUAUAUACACCAGCGAAGAUGAUGAGGAAAAGUUCCCUUUAAUAAAUGUAUCCGAUGCGUCUUGGGCUCACUUUGUUGACUAUAACCUCUUUGAAAAAAAAUAUUGGCCCCAUUUCAAUUAUUGUUAUAGAAAGAAGCUGAAUUGCGAGCUAGUCUAUUCGGAAUUCUCCAUCAUCAAGGGUACAAAUCCAGAAGUGGAUUGUCUCUCAAGAGAUGAUUAUCGAACAAUAAGCUAUAAGAAAUACCCAGCAUUCUGCAAUAACCGUGAUGAGAUCUAUGAUUUGUUUGAAAGAUACGAGAAGAUGAAGGCACGAAACGGUGAUUAUGACUCUGCGGAUCGAACGUUAGCAAUCCUACGCGCGGCAAAGAAGUGUACACUUGGUGGUCCAUAUGUUCACGAACUAUACAUUGAUGAAUGUCAGGACAAUCAAAUCUUGGAUUUUUCACUUAUCUUAAAGCUCUUUGACAAAGCAGAAAGCAUUAUAAUGGCCGGAGACAUAGCUCAAUGUAUUGCGCGGGGUUCUUCUUUUCGAUUUCAAGACUUACGUGCCUUAAUGUAUAAAUGGGAGCUCGACCAUCAUAUGUACAGUAGUAUAAAAUCAAAGAUGUUUGAGUUAAACACCAACUAUCGUUCCCACAACGGGAUCAUUCAACUUGCAUCGUCAGUGAUUGAUCUCAUCAAACGCUUUUUUCCUGAUUCCAUUGAUCACUUGUCGCGCGAGCGUGGUGAGGUUGGUGGACCUCGACCAAUCUUCUUUGCAGAAAUUGAAGCCAAGACAUUCCUGUUCAACGUUUUCUGCGCUGGUGACCCCACAGCUAACUGUGUUGAAUUUGGCGCUGAUCAAGUUAUUAUCGUACGCAACGAUGAAACUAAAAAGCAUGUGAGAAACCUAAACGAGAAUGCCGGAUUAGUACUGACAGUUUUCGAAGCGAAAGGGAUGGAAUUUAAUGAUGUCCUAUUGUAUAACUUCUUUACCGAAUCUCCCGCGUGCUCAAAGUGGCGAACAAUUCUUUCCGAUUUGGAAAACAGCACCGAGACUUUAUAUGACGAAAAGCCUUAUAUACUUUCUUCCGAACUCAAACACCUUUAUGUUGCGCUAACUAGAGCCCGGGAGCGUCUCUGGAUUUUCGAUGAAAAUUCCGAGUGGAGCAGACCAAUACUGACGUAUUGGAUGCAUCAUGGAUUGGUCCGAGUGGUCAGUAGUAUAAAAGAAAUCAAUACGCUUCCGACUUUGGCUAAAAAGAGCAGUUCACAAGAGUGGAAUCGACAAGGAAAGAAAUUCUUCGAACGGCGUCAAUAUGAGCUGGCCAUUACCUGUUUUGAAAAGAGUGGAAAUGAAAAAAGAAAAAAACUAGCAUCCGCAUACCUCCUUCAACAAAACGCCAGAAACUCUGUGAACGAUUCCGACGAAGCAACUGUGAAGUCCAAUUUUAAACUCGCAGCCCAAGCAUUCAAUGAAUGUUCCCGACCGAUACAGGAAGCCUCAUGUUAUCAGGAUAUUAAAAUGUAUAAAGAAGCGGGUGAUGUUUACAAAAAUUGGGACAUGUUUGAACUCGCAGCGCGUAGCUACAUUAAAGGAAAUAAGUGGCACGAGGCCGGUGAUUGCUUUGCAAAAGCCAAGAUGUACAACGAAGCCACUGUUUCCUAUAAAGAUGGUAAAUUAUACGAGAUAGCAGUCAAUUUUAUGGAGAGACACAAACCAAAUAUUGACGAGAAAAUAUUUCGUCGCAUUAUCCGUCUUAUCUAUGUCUGUUGUCGAAAGGAUAAUAAAGAUCUAAGCGAGAAAGCCCUCUCUAUGCUUACAAAGCAAGAGGACAGAAUUGAAAUUCUCAAAGACCAUGCGCCAGAAGAAGUUCAGGAAGUAUACAAACGAGAGGGACAAUUUCGUGACGCCGCAGAAGAAUUAUGUUCACGUGGUAAAUUCGAAGAGGCAUCCGAUGUUUACAUCCGUUCAUCUGAAAAUGAAGAUAUUAUCAAAUCAUUGCAAUGUCUUUUGCAUUUAUGCCGGACAAAUAUACUAAAAAAUACGAUAGGUGAUACCAUGAACCCGAAAGCUCGAGAGGAGCUGCAGAAUAUCGUCUCAAAGGCAAUUAAUUUAACCACAUCACGGUCGGUGAAAUCGGAAUCAUGGAUUAUUUUAGUGGAGGAGACUCAGUUAUACUUAUCUUAUCUAAAUGAGAAUUUUGAUGCAGUUCGUAAAGGAAUAAUGGCUUUCAAAAAGUACAGAGAACCCGUAGCUGAAUUUCGUGCGAUAAGCAUGUGGUUAACAAUUCCAGCACCAUCGGAUGUUAAUGUUGAUUACUGGUAUGAACGUUUGCAAUUUCUGCAGAGAUUGUGUGAAUUGAUUAUUCCGUCUAAUGCCUCACCGCGAAAUGCCAAAGAUGUCGAGAAAAUCAAGAAGAGUUUUGAGAAAAUUUGUCUCGUGAAGAGGGUGACAAGUCGUCCAAAUCAACGGAAAAUUUCUUUCGAUAACCCACUUCUUGCCCUCUUAGGCGAUAAUUUUGUGGAGAUGGAUUAUUGGCAUGUUUUUGAUGUGAACGUUGUACACAAGGAAGUUUCGAAACUCAUUGGUACAUACAUAUAUGAGCUCAUCCUUAAGACAAAUCGAGAUGGUAGAGAAAUUUCAGAGAUAACUUCAGAGAUAUGUGAAUGCCAAAAUCCAAGAAGUUGCCGGAGGUACCACGUGACACUAAAUCCAUCAAUUAUCAAAAAACGAUUGAAACUCGCAUGCCUUCAAUAUACCGUAAUGAGGCAAUUAAGUACAUUAGAAUUUCAUCGCUUGCUUAACGAAGAUCAAAAUAAGGAAGUAUUUGGCCCACAAAGGUUUUGGGCUGAAAAGCUGGUGAAACUUCAUUUUCGCUAUCAGUCCCCCCACACAAGCUGUCCGGAGAUCACAUACAUGGUGAUCAACGAACUUCCUAAUUUCACAUAUAAUGGGCUCAUUGGUCUGACGUACAAGAGAUGGCUUAAUGAUAAAGAAUUCGAAGUCGAUAACUUUGCCAAAAUGUUAAAAUUUAUAUUUUUUUCCAUUCAGUUGCGGAAUAUAUGGGGAAUUGAAAAAUUCAAUUGGAAGGUUUCAGAAAUAAGACCUUAUUCUGAAAAUUAUCUGAUUGGUUUUGGAUAUGACCCAAAAUAUCAUGAAUACAGGGCGAUCGGAAGACGACUUUCGUUAUUCCUUUUAUAUCUCGAUUCUGAUGAACUAAUUCCCGCAAUUAAUCAUGCAAAGGCGUUUAUUUACUAUGCCAUAAGUAACUUGGAGAGCGUUAAAAUAAUGCCAGAUGGAACAGCUUCUGAACCUUUUAAACCAAAAGCGAGAAAUUCACUUGGUGAUCUCAUAUCCCUUAUGGAGUUCACAGUUUCUUGUAUCUUUUCUGCUCGUCCAUUCCAUUUUGAUUUUCUUCUUCCUCGAAGUUAUUUAGUUAAUUAUUUUUAUUCAUUCAAAGAAACGCCACUCCUGCCGCAUCAAUAUUAUUUCAAAAAAGAACAAUAUGGCAAAUCAAUUUAUGAUCUAUUUUAUCAAACGCGAGAACUUCUCGACAUUCUAAUCAGUAAAAACUUUUUCUACUCACCUAUUAUCCUUCGACUAAUAAGGAUUCUGGUACUUAUUGGCCUGAACGACUAUAGACUUGCGAAUAAGGUCACGAAUUAUUUUAUUCUAAUUUUCCCCUCAGUUCCCGGAAGAUUCAGGACAUACCUUCAAGAGAAUACCAUGUCACGCCUUGCAGGCGUUUUAAAUAACGAUCUCAAAGGGACAGGCUGCGAUUCUCUUCUUAUUGUCUACUAUAACCUUGGGGGAAAAUCAAGAUUUGAAGAUUGGAAGAAAUUUGGCAUCGAAAAGCUCACAUAUAAAUCUAUCGAGGAAUUCCGUUCUUCCCUUAGAAAUUUAAUGGUUCCAGAAGCUUCCGGAGAAAAAACCGCUUCAGCCAUUCCACAGUCAACCAAAGGGAACGAACAGAAUUCUGCUCAAGACGCGGCAAACCGAAUCCAAGUCUGGUUUCGCCAAAUUGCGGAACGAGAAAAAUAUCGUAAAUCCCACGGUGAUCAGAUCCUGGAUAAAAUUUAUUAUGAAGCGAUGGAAUUUAGUCAAGUUUUAGUGAAAGAGCAUGGAAAAAGUUCUGCAUUAAAAUAUGUCAUUUACUUGAGAGGACUCACAGUGGACAUAAUUGAAACAUGUUUGGAUUUGCGGGAUGAACUAAGGAUCACUCAUAACGAUAAUGUCGAAGAAAUGUUAAAUUCGUUAUCAAUAACUGAAUCGAAAAAACACAAGGAAAUGAACAUUGAAUGGUUAAAAAAAGAAUUGGAGCGUGCGAGCGGUACUACUAUAGUUCAGGUUUCAGAAUGGAUCAGUAAAUGCGAUGAGCUAUAA